GAACACGAUUGAUGUGAAUGACAUGUCAAAAAAGUAAAUAGAUAACAAUAAAAAAUGAACGAGUAGGAUGUUGUUUAAUAGGAAAAUACUUAUACUUGUUGAUUGGAACUGUUGAAAAGUGCAAAACAAUGGCUUUGCCGGCUGCCCAACCAGCGGAGGUUCUGAGAGCGUGGCAGAAAGACGACCACUAUGAGAAGCAACUUGCGGGAUCUAUGGCUAGGCUUAUGCCUUCAAAUCAUGCAUCUAAAGCCGUUCCCAUAUCUUCCCUGCUUUAUAAAUCGUUCACUACGCUAAACGACUUGCAGACUCUCGGCGAAGAAUACUCCGGAAUCGUUCAAGUGGACGAAACGUACCAUAAACUCCCAACAUUCGGCAAUAGACUUCUCAGUAUCUUAUUAUCAGCCUUUGGUGAAAAUUUGACAAGAAAGGUACUUCGUUACGCUGAAACUGCCGUUGAACAAAAUGCUACGUUAAAGCCUGCGGUCCAAAACUCGUUAGUAGUGUUGUUUAAGGCUGUGGCUAAUAUGUUGCCGCAGUUUGAAAGCAUACACAGAGCUCUGUGUUAUAUUAGCGGUGGGCCUAUACAGCUUGGGAAGACCGCUUCAGGGAUUGAUUACGUGCAAGUUAGGCCAGCCGCUGCAGCAUACUAUGCUCAUUUAAGGUUAUUAGGUAUGGUAACACUGCUGCAUGCUUUCGUUUCUUGUGGUCAGAGCAUUUAUCAGGCUAAGAGACACAUGGACCAAAUGAGAGAGUUUCCUAAUGAAGUUGAUAGUAACAAAUCCUGUGUAGCAUGCUUGGAAGAGAUAGUUCAGCCUUGUGUGCUGCCUUGCGGACAUAUCUUUUGUAUGGAGUGCAGUUAUGGAGCGUUGGAAACAUGCGCAUUAUGUCGCACACCAUUUUUGAAGAAUAGUGUUGUGCCUCUUAUGAACUAUUCUCCAUGACGUAAAUGUUUUUAGAACUUGUAUAGAGUAUGUGUGGAAAGAGAAGUUGUGAAACGUAUGUGAUCCAAUACAUUCUAUGAACCUUUCUGCACAUACUCUAACCAAAGGUAAAGCAAGGGCAAAUGUGACAAUAGUACAUUGUGAUACAAGUGUGCUACAUUGGUCAUUACAUUCGAGGCGAUAUAGCGAGCGCGCAAUAAGAAAGCCGAUGUGUGUAAUGACCAAUGCACAUGCGUUUCAUAUGAUGUUUUUCAACACACUUGCGAGGAAAAAAAGGAAACUUACAUAUUAUUCGAAUAUUUAUUGUUAAAACAGUAAAAGUCUUGCAUCUGUCAUACUGCCUGCAGACUCCUCUCGCCUGCCGCAGGUGGGCCGGCCGGGCUCCGGCAGGCGGUCGGCCAGGCACCGGCGCCCGCCAGUCCGUGUUGUAAAAUCUACUCGAGAAAUUUAAGAAGGCUCUGUUUCCAUACAAAUUAUUUGUGAUCUUCUUAAGUCAGUCGGAUUUCAUUAAUUACCUAACAAUAUAAUCUAUAAAAUAAUGAAAAAGCACGCGUGUUAAUAUCUAGUAUUAUGAGCCUAAAAGCAGUUCAAUAACUUGCAUGUUACGAGCAAGUGUGUUGAAAGAUAAGUUAUAGUUAAGUAGUUAAUAUUGUAUAUUGUAAAUAAAAGGGUUUAUUUUUAUACAAUAAGUGGUUGGGUACUUUGUAAAUAAAGAGUAUAUUUCUUACAAGUA